CAUGUUAACUUAACCUAUAGACAGUCAAAAAUACAUACCCUAUAAACACCAUGCAGGUACCACUUGACUUUAAAUAAUAUAAACAUUUUUUAGAUGAUGUAUAAAUAAUUGUUACGAUAUGGCACCACUCACAGAUUUAUUGUCAUGUAGUAUUAUUGAAAAAGACCAUAAUGGAGAUAUACUUUGGACAUGGUCAUAUCCUACAGUUUCAGAAUCACAAAAAACUAUUGUCAAAAGAAAAUGUAAUUUAGGACUUGAACAUAACUCUCCACAAACAUUUAUUUGGGCCCGACAUGGUCAAACAUGGUUUUAUUUACAUUGUAGUGAAGUAUUCGAUUCUGACAGAUUACCCAAGGUUAAACAAUUUGCAUUAGUUUUAUUCGCAAAAGACUUCAAUCCACAAAAAUAUGAAGUACUCUCACGCGUUUUCAGUAAAAUGUAUUGCAAGACUGGUAAGCCUACUGAGAUUUUACAGUUAUAUCUUUCGGUCUUUACUAAGGGAUCAUGCUCAACACAAGAGAAUGGAACUUUUGUGUCCGAUGAUUUUAGCAGUCGUACGACAAUUAAUACCAAUGUUAGGGAAUUAAUAAAAACGUUUGAAUUAGAAACGAUUUUAAUAUAUACCGCUCUAUUGUUAAAGAGAAGAAUUGUAAUUUAUCAUCACAGUUUAGAACAAUUGCUUAAAUGGAUGAAAACUUUUCCUGCUUUAAUGAAACAUCGUAAAGUUGAAGAAAAUUUAUUUCCAUGGAUUGAGCUGGUUAAUGACGAGAUACUUGAUUUAAAGAAGCAAUCAUACUAUGUAGCUGGAUGUAGAAACAGUGCAAUUUCUGCAAGGACAGAUCUAUACGAUUUAUUAGUUAAUAUACCAGCCAGAGAAAUUACUGUUGCUCCACAUGCAAAAGAGAGUUUAACAAUGACAAAAACGCAUAAGGAAAUAGCAUUGUUUAUGGUACAGUUAUGCGAAAAUCAAAGCUGUACAGAAUUACAAAUAAUAUCUGAGAUCAAUGAGAAAACAAAAGAUUUGUUAAAUCAAUUAACGUCUUUAGCUACCACUGAAACACCAGAUGGAAAAAAAAUGGUCUCUAUUCAGGCAUUCAAAGAAAAAGAUUUACCACAAGCUGUCGAAAGCUUUUUAAUUAAUCUAGCAAUCGCUGAAAAUUUAUUUAUGUUGUAAAAUAUAUUUUUUGUAUCCGAGUUAUGUGGACUUGUUGCGCAAUCGUUCGAAUAGAAUGAACAAAUUCCUAAUGCAACUAUUAAAUACAAUAAAUGUUAUAACUUACGCGCGGAUGGUGGAUGUUCCGUUUAAAACGAAGAAGUAUUUAGAAAUUAUAAUGAUUUUCCAAGGAUAUCGAAAUAAAUUAUCUAACAAUAAAACUAUUAAUAC